AUGCUGGAUUCACGGGGAAUUGGCCGAAUGCUGGAUAUGCCGAUCAGCACGUUGCUUAAAGUCCUACGGAACAUCUUGCGCUGCUAUCCGUACAAGAUAACUCACGUGCAGCAGUUGCUACAUGCUAACCUGGAAGCACUUUACAGGCCGAAAGAUAGUGGUAUAAAAAAAUGGAAAUUACGGAAAAACAGCCUCGGCCAGUUCAGCAGCUACUUCAAACAACUUUGCGAGCAGUCACUUAUAACAGGAUUUCCUACUAUCAUUGCCACUCGCACGCCGUGGCGAAAAGUUGUCAAAAUCAUCGUGUUCGUGGGGUGCACUUGCGGCUUCUUGUAUCAGACUUCGGAAUUUCUGGAACUGUACUGGGCUUACCCAACUAUGGUGGAUAUAAAAGUGGAGAACCCAGAUUCAGUAGUAUUGCCCGCGAUUUCUUUCUGUAAUGCAAACAGGAUCCGACGGAAGGCUCUGUGCACUAUGAUACCGGAUGAUUGUGGCUGGUUUGAUAACCGAUCUGAAUUCUGCACUACUUAUCCCAAGUAUUGCAUCCCUUGGGAGAAAGACGAGGACAAUGUGUACGCGAUCCCGAUGUUUGCGUAUUACGAUAAUGUAAAUCGGAGUCGAGAGUAUGUUCGACAACUGGGUGAAAAGAUGGAGGAUAUUAUCCAAGGAUGCCUAAUCAAGACGAACUCAAUCUUCCCUUGCAAGAAUUAUGUGAGCGUAUCGUGGGUGGAUAACGAUGGCUACCCGUUCAAUUGCUUCACAGUGGAAACGCUCUGGGGACAACCCGAUGAGGAGCAAAUAAACAUACCACUUGAAGGAAAAGUUUCGAUGUUGCUGAACUUGCAGCCGGAAGAGUACACGCUCUAUUAUGACCUGGUACUGGUGCACAUAGGGUUGCAUGAGGCCCACGGACUUGGAAAUCCGUUCAGGGAAGGCAUCAAGCUGCAGGCGGGUCGCACGUAUGAUAUCUUUGUAAAUCAACGUGUUACUAUACGCCUUGGAGCCCCCUACGUGACCAACUGCACAAACUAUACAGAGCUGUGGAAGAAAAACGGCGGAUAUGGGUCCCUCACUAGAAGAGCAUGUACCGAAAAGUGCAAAAUGGAAUCGAUGAUCGAAACAGAAGGUUGCGCUGCUCAAACUAUUUCAUAUCCAGAAGAAUAUUCAAUCUGUCCCGAUGGUGUUUAUCCAUCUGAUGCCAUUGUUGAGAAGUGCUCGCAGCAGUGCAAUGAAGCAUGCAAAGAAGUGUCAUACAAUUUGCGGCAAGAAGUCAUUUUUGAUCAAUCAGCGAAGUGCAUCGAUGAUGCUAAUUGCAAAGAGAGAACUCUUUUUAUGAACUUUGUUUUCAAUCGCCUCGAAAUAGAGAAGUUCGAACAUCACCCAAGAUAUGAGAGCGUGGAAGUCUUCAGCUAUGUGGGCGGCUACAUGGGCAUGUGGUUGGGGAUAUCCCUCAUCUCCCUGUUCGACUUGGCUGAGACUAUGGUCGCCUUGAUGGCAUAUCCGCUCAGAAAAACUACAAGGAAGAGAAUGAAUUCAGUUGUUGAUAUCUACUAGUACUACACCCGAUACCUUGUCUUAAAGCAUCGUCACAGAAAAUAGCAU